AUGAUGAACAUGAACAUGGACAUGGACAUGACGGGCGGCAUCCCGUGGCUGGAUCAGCCAGUGAUGCUCCACUCGUCUAGAAAGGACAAGUGCAAAUUGACCGAUGCCCAGUGUUCCUAUCGCAACUAUAGCUGGCGAUACUGGUACCAGGCCGACCAUGUGUAUGCCCUAAACACAGUGUAUUUCUGCUGUGCGGUUAUCGCGGUGUUUGUGAUCUCGCAUCUCCUAGUUCAGGUCUGCCCAGACUGGGUAAAGCGGACUCGAGUAUGGCGUGCGACGACGUCGGUCUCCCGCUACAUGUCUUAUCGAGGCUAUCGAUUCUCGGUGCUAAAGUACUGGUCGCCGUCGCUGGGCGUCAUUACGCUGGGUAUAGUGGGCGCAAUCUUCUUUUUCGGUAUGCAGGGACUGGAUGAAGAUAUACUGGGAUCAGCAAAGCUAAUGGUCGCAUUGGUAGCAAUGACUCUUGGUCCCAAGCCCUACUACUGGCCCACGGACGCCAGCUAUGGAAGCAGCCCUCCUAUUGCAACCAGGGCAGGCUGGAUGGCUCUUGCUCUACUGCCAUUCAUCCUUGCCCUGAGCGUCAAGGCCAACAUGAUCUCAGCUUUAACAGGUAUUCCCCAUGAGAAGCUUCAAGUCUUCCACCACUGGACCAGCUAUGCCAUGUUCGUGCUCGCAUUAAUUCACACCUUCCCUUUCAUUAUCUAUCAUAUUGACAAAGGCGAUAUGGUGAAGCAAUGGAAGACCAGUCUGGUCUACUGGACGGGCAUCGGCGCCAUUAUCCCGCAAGCCUACCUCACCAUCAUGUCACUUCCGUUCAUUCGGAACCGAUUCUACGAAUUCUUCAAGGCCACCCAUAUGAUGGCCGCCGUUCUUUUUAUCGUGUUCUUCUUCCUUCAUUGUGACUUCCGUCUUUCCUCAUGGGAUUACUUUAUCGCCAGCGGGGUGAUCUAUUUCCUUUGCCUUCUCUUCUCGCAAGUGCGCACGUAUUUGUUGCAUGGGAUCCACACGGCCAGUCUCGAGCUGCUUCCCUGUGGCCUGGUUCGGGUAUCCGUUCCUACAGUCAUAAAAUGGGCUCCGGGUCAACAUGUCUUCGUGCGGUUCUUGACAUCGGAUCUGCACCUGCUUACCGCGCAUCCAUUCACUAUCUCUUCUGUCUGCCAUGACCCAGAUCAAAUCGGCAAAGCCUCAGAGCUAAUAUUUUACAUCAAGCCGCGUCGCGGUGUAACCGCUCGCCUCGCCGCGCUUGCUGCGAAACAACCUGGCAUCACGAAGAAGAUCCUCAUAGACGGUCCAUAUGGUGGCGUGAGCACACACCACAUGAGCCGGUUUGAUACCCUGCUCGUCAUCGCCGGCGGCUCGGGCGGUGGAUUCUCGCUCGCAAUGGUGGACGAGGCACUGCGGCAGUCUGGUGUUACCACUGGUGAAGAUGAAUCCGGGCAAGAAAGCCGCCGCCAUCUGCAGGUCGUCUUCUCCACCCGUAACACGUCCAUAGCCGACUGGUAUAUCCAUGAGAUUGAGUCACGCCUCUCCCAGUCCACAACACUACCAGGCUCAGACAUUGGCUUUGAGACUUCUGUCUCAGUGCACAUUACCUCGAACCGUGACUCAACUCUUUCAACGUCGACGCUAGACUCGGAGAAGGGAUCUACGAACAAAUUGCCUCCAACAGAUAUCACAACGACCGGCUCAUUCAGCCUCAACGUGCACCGUAACGCCCGCCCUGACCUCCCUGGCCUGCUGGCUCGGACAGUCGCCACGGCCCAUGCGAACCCGAUGCCAAAUGGCAAGAAGCAACGCAUUGGCGUUCUUGUUUGCGGUCCUGCAUCCAUGCUGCAUGAUACCCGGAACGCGGCUGCGCUGGCGCAGAAGCGGACGUUUGGUGGCGAAGUUGAGGAGCUGUAUCUGCAUUCGGAGCCUUUUGCGUAA